AUGGUUCUUUACGAAGAAGACGGUAGGGUUGUGAUCGUACACGAGAAAUACCUAGAAGAAGAGGCAGAGAAAGAACGCGGGAGCGUUCGAGAAAAAUACCCAUACACAGAUCCGAUUAAUGUGUGCAAGCAGAGGAACGGGCCAAAGUCUACUGAAGAUGUGAAAAUCAUCAUUGAAUCACAAAUCUUCAAAACCCUGUAUUGCGAAAAAAUGUUUGGCUGGGGCAGCGAUUUCGAAUAUAUAAAAAGCUUCAGGCAAAGAGAGGACAAAAUAUUGUCGGGAUCUCUUUGCCGCGAGACUCUGAUUCUGUGCUCGAGCUUUGCUAAGGACCAUUUUACGUAUAAUCCCGAUAGCAACGAGUUGCGUCUCCCAGUCUCCUAUCCACAAGCAAAAGGGGUAAAUCAGCCUGACGAUCAACUGGCAUACAUACGUGCCGAUGAGAUUGAAGCAUACAUCUUCCCGUGGCUCGACAAAGUGAAGGCAUACAUGAACAGUCCAAGGUCCAAUCAAACUACAAGCCAAAAGAUGAAAGACUACCUAACAAACCCCAACGGCCCAAUCGCAAUGAGAAUCCCCUCAUCCCUCCUCGAAAAAAUCCACCUCUACAACUGCAUGCUUCAACUCGGCCUCCCAAAAUUCAUCCAGUCCCCACUCAUCGACGCCCUCAUCCACCAACUCUACAAAACCAAACUCUCCGCCUGCCACCUCGACACAAUCGAAAUAACAAUCUGCCGCUUCUACUCCCGCGGCAUCGCAAUCCUCGACCCAGUCAUCAACCACCUCAUCGGCACCUACUCCUUGCGCUCGCUACCCGACCGCAACCACCCCAAACCCGCGGGGAAGCGCAAGCACAAGUACAAAGACUACCUCCCGCCUCAAACGAAGGAGCUUGCAGCAGACGACGUAGUCCGCCUAGAUGGUACCUUGGAAAUUAAAUUCGAGAAUGAAAUUGUGCGUGCCGUCGACUUCUCAGAGACAAACCGCCGCUACCUGAAAUUCACGCGGUAUGAAGUGUCUCGGGGCAAGCUUGGCAAGGAUAGCUGCUUGUUGCCGCCCGUAUUACCGGUUCUGGGGCAUUGCAUUCGGCAUUGGAGUGGGGUCAGGAAAAAUGGUGGCACAGCAGCGGCGUAUACGGGGUUGCCGCUUAAUGUGGGGUGGGGGAAGAAGUUUGCGGGGAGGGGGGAUGGGGUGUUGGCUGAGGAGGGGGAUUACGAGGUUGAGGGGGGGAAUCGAUUGGUUGGGUGGGGGUAUUUUAGGGCGAAUGGGCCGGGGUUAGGGGAGGAGAGGGAGAAGGAGGGGGGUCCUGAUGAAGAUAUGUUUUCUGAUGCGGAGUAG